AUUUCUCAUACAUAUAUACCACAUAUAUAUAUACAUAUAUGCAUACGAUAAAUGUUAUACGCAUAUGCGUGUGUGCACACGCAUAUUGCGCUAUAGCCAUGUGUAUAUGUGUAUGCCAGUAUAUGUACAUAUAUAUAUAUAUACCUUCACAUAUUUUAUAUACAUAUAUGCAUAUCUAUUCACCUACUGUACCACUUCAUUAUGUAAGCAGCGGGAACUCUACGACGCCAAGCAAGCAAAAGCAGAAAAAGAAAACGCAAAAGCAAAAAAAGUAAACCCAAACUAUGGGAAACAACAAUCGACAAAACCAAAAUAUAACCAACAAAACAACGAAAUUGAACAGAAAUGUUAUAAACCAUUAAUAACUGUAAUUUGUAAAUGUUCCGUAACCACAAACCACGCCCACGCUGAAACUAUUUUUCGCUCAUUUUGAAACGUAAACGCAAUAUGUCAUCCGUUGUGGCUGGCGAAACGCCGUUAAUAAAUCUAGCAGAAGAUCUCGAGGAUGGCGAGAUUGAUGAUGAUGACGAUGAAGAUGAAGAGCAGAAGCCGCAGCAACAGAAAAUUCAAACACAGCAACAACAGGUAAAGCCAGCUGCUUUUAAGGCUUGCGGCUCCAACGAUGAGGUCCAAUUUGUGGGUAUUGAGCGUUUGAGCGAGAAGCACGACGAUGACGUCAUAUUUCUGGGCAUGGACAGCGAAACGGCAGCCACGAACAGUAACAAAUCUAAGAAGCCACGCCCACUUGAAGAUGAUCAUGCGGUGAGCAUUGAGAACGCCAUUGCCAAGGCGCUUAAGAAGGGGGGCAUUGAGCCGCCCCUGUCCAAGCUAAAUAAUAUCAACAACCAUAACAGUGACGCCGACAGCGCUGCCAACGCCGCCGGCGACAGCGGCAGCGCUGCAAUCGGCCUCGACAGUUGUCAAAUUGGGGGACAGCAGCCGUCAAGUCGCAGCAGUCGUCGACGCAAGCGCAAAAAGGAACGCGAACGCGAGCAAAAGAAAGACAAGGAGCAUCAGAAACGAGCUCGCCGCGAUUCGAUGGACGAUGUCGGCGGCGGUGUUGGCAGCGACGAAAUGGAAAUGGACGAAUACGAAAUGAUGAAUGUGAGGGGCGGCAGCCCGCCGCCAGGUGGCGCCACAUGCGGCUCAAGUGCCGCGCCGAUCCGCUACGCCAACGACUGGCCCGGCAUGAGCGAUGAUGCGGUCUACGAAUCGCCGCCAGAGAACUACAGCAGCUACGAUUCCUACUCGGACGACGAGGCGGCCAUCGGCGCUGCACAGCGUCGACGCCAGCGUCGCGAGCGCGAGAAAGAGCUGCGAGGCGGGCGCAAGCGACGCGAUCGGGAGAGAGAUCGAGAACGAGAUCGCGACUUGGAUAGGCGGCACGACGGAGGCGGAGCUGGCGGCGCGGGCAGUUUGGGUCCAGGUGGAUGCGUGGGCGGAGGAGCUGGCCUUGGUCCAGGCGGCGGAGGAAGCGGUCUUGGCAGCAAGCGCAAUCGUCGCGACUCCAACGAUGAAAAGUCGCGCGAGCCACGAAAACUGGAGCUAUGCAAAUUCUAUCUGAAGGAUUGCUGCGCGAAGCGGGACAAGUGCAGCUACAUGCACAAGGAGUUCCCAUGCAAGUACUACUAUCUGGGCAUGGACUGCUAUGUGGGCGAGGAUUGCCUUUUCCAUCACGGGGAGCCGCUGACCGAGCAGCUGCGCAACAUUCUGCUGAAGCACAUGGAGACGGCGCCCAAAGAGAUUCUCGGCGACUUCAAGCGCAUCUCGCGGGACAUUGCGCUCAGCCAGAUGACGCGACGGCACGAACAGCUGUGCGAGCAGUACAACAUGGACAAUACGUGGACAACGCUGGCCAGCGCCGGUAUUAGUCGGCUGCAGGAUCAGCAGCACGCGGCGGCCAAGGCAGCUGCCCAGGCGGCCAACCAAGCGGCCGCCAUCGCUGCAGUCAACGCCAAUCUGCAGCAGCAACAGCAGCAGCAACUGCAGCAGCAACAGCAGCAGACGGCAGCUGGGGCUGGGGGCGGAGUAGGAGCAGCUGGUGGCGCGAUACCCUCACUGCUCGACAUGGUCAUCAAUCCGCCCAUCAACUUGAACCAGAGCGACGCAAAGCCCGAGAAGAAACGCAAAUCGCGCUGGGCCGAAAAGUCGGGCGCAAAAACGGGAGCGGCAGCUGGAGGAGGUGCUGCAGGAGCAGGCGCUGGAGCAGCUGCUAGCACGACGAGCACAGCUUCGCCAACUUCAGUUGCUGCUGCCCCUGCCACUGCCACUGCCACUGCCAAACCCUUGCCCGGGCACCUGGAUUUAGUGAAUCUGACGCAAGUGCUCAGCGCCGAGCACAUGGCCAAGCUGAAUAAGCUGGGCAUUUCGAAUCUGGAACAAAUGCUCCAGGUGCCCUUCGGCCAGCUGACCGAGGUGGGGCUUACGUUGUCAGAGCUGGGCGAGAUUCAGCGCAAGGCCGAGGAGGCCAAGCCCCAAGCCACACCAGCGGACACCAAAUCCGCUGCUGCCAAGACGGAGCAGGAGACGAGCAAUCUGAGCACCGUUGUCGGCUCGAACAGCAAUAGCAACAGCAACAACGGCUUCAUCAUGGUUGACUACACGCAAUAUCUGAAGGAUGCUCAUGUCAACUUCCCUGGCAGCGAUCCGCUGGACGACGAUCGCGAAGAGGACGAGGAGCAGCUGGUCAUCGACGAUGGCAACGAGGAUGAAGAUGGCGAGGAGUCCGAGACGGAUGCGAAGUUAAAGAAAUCGAAGCGUUCCAGCGAGGAGGAGGAAAAGAAGCCGCUCUCGCAAUCGGACGCCGAGGAGGAUGCGCCGCCAUUGCCAUCCGUCUUCGAUCUGCCCACCUUUAUGAGCAACAUGCUCAGCCAGAAGUCUUCGAUUGCGACUAUUGCUGCAGCCACGACGCCGUCCGUUUCAUCGCCCAGCACGCCGGAGCCGCAGAGGGAGAGCAGUCCGUCGGCAUCAGCCAGCAAGUCACCAGCUGGUGGAGCAGCAGGCAGCAGCGGAGGACUCUUUGGCAAGCUGAUCUUCGGCUCCUUCUACAAUCCAUUCAAGGCGAACAGCGGCGAUAAUGUGGCCGAUGAUGGCGACAACAACGAUGCGAAUCCCAGCGGCGACAGCUAUAGCUACAUGGAUGCUGCCCACUAUUCCAAUUCGAAUUCGCGUUCCCUGACGCCGACGCCGACGCCGACGCCCGAGCCGGGCUCGCAAUCGCCCAAAGGAUUGGGCGGAAGCGAGCAGUUGGGAGCUUCGGGUGCCUCGCCGCUUGCAGCGUCCAAUUCUGCGGCCGCCUCCCUCUAUGUGCGUCGCUCCAUGUACGACUAUGAGCCCGCCAAGGCGGCGCUGGAGGAUGCGCGCGCAAGUGCUGCGAAACGUGAACGGGAUCGGGACAUCGAUAUGCGUCUGCCCUUCGAGCCAAUGAAACACUAUUUGCCCGCCACAGAGAUCGAUGCGGCCAUCUUCUCGCACAUCCCGAUACGCUGGCAAAUGCAGGAGGUGCUCGUGGAUCCGCCCUGCUACUCGCAACUGCGUCAGAGCGCCUGCCACAAGGAGCAGCGCGAACUGCGUGAUCCGCGCUUGCGUCGCAUACUCGGACUGCCGGAGCUGACGGACGAGACGGCCGCUGGCUCCAGCUCAAGCUUGGCCGGCGGCAGCGGCGGCGCCAGCUUCAGCACUGCAACUGCCUUCUCCACGGAGCGUCGCGAGCGCAAGACGAGCAACUGCAUCGCCUCGCCGGAUGCGCAGCUGCUGGACUCGACGCCCAGCUCGCCGCCGCCUGCCGGACUCGCUCAGCCAUCGAUGAGCGUGCCGCCGCCAGCAGCUGCAGUCAACGCCGCCACGUCCGCCACCACCUCGUCCGCCUCCUCCAGCAUUGAGCCAGCUGCAUCAGUUGGCGGAGAUCCGCGCCGCAGUGAUCCGCGUCGUGAUCCGCGACGCGCGCAUUUAAACGUCAGCAACUCCAAUGCCAAUGCUUCCGCCUCAGUCACGAUAUCUUCCUCCACCGCCGCCGGCUCCUCCUUCAACGAUAGCGGACGCCAAAUCUCCGAGAUACGCAACCUGCUCCAGAGCUCCAAUUGGUACAAGCAGCUGGGCAGCAACAACAAGAUCAUGGUGAAUCAGCAGCUCGCCCUGGUCUUCACAGAGCUCAAGAAGUUCCAUCAGCAGGACUCGCCCAACAAGAUUUUCGACGUCAACUUCAUCGUGAGCAACCAGACGCUUCAGCAGAUCUUUGCCAAGCUGCACAUCUAUAUCGAUGAUAACGGAAUGGUUGUCCAGCUGCCCGAGGAGCCGCCACAGAAUGUCGCCUCGGUCGUGGUGCCCAACUUGCCGCCCAUUUUGCCAAACAUGUCACAGCCGCCGCCGAACCUGGUCCAAAUGCUCCGACAGCCGCCGCCCAACGUGGGCCGAAUGAUGCCCAUGGGCAUGGCCAUGCCGCAGUUCAACCAGCCGCCGCCGCAGCGCUCGAACAGCAUCCUGGGCAUGCCGCCCCACGGCAUGAACGUGAUGAACAACAAUCCCUUCAAUCCGUUCGCCGGCAACAACCUGAAUAUGAACAAUCUCAACAAUCUGAACAAUUUGGGCAACAUGAAUGGCCUCAAUUUGAGCAUGAAUAUGAAUGGCAUGAAUAGCAUGAAUGGCAUGAAUAUGAACAACUUGGGCGUGGCCUUCAAUGGAGGCGGCAAUGGUAUGUCCGGACCUGGACCCGGCCCUGGACCUGGACCCGGCCCUGGACCUGGACCUGGACUCGGACCCGGCGGCGGACCGGGUGGACCGUUUAAGAAUUUCGGACCGGGUGGCAACAACCAGGGCGGCGGCCGACAUUUUGUGGGUAAUCGGAAUCGAGGAGGCGGCGGGGGUCAUCGCAAUCGCAACUAGAAAGAGGGAGAGCGAAUACUGGGAAAUAAUGUUCAUACGGGGAAAGCAUUCGAGAGCCAAAAAACACUGAAAGAGAAAAAUACUGGGCAAGAAACAAACGUUCGCAUAUCACAGAAUAGUGGGAAAAGCAAAUGUGAAUCUGUACAGAAAAUACUGGGCAAGAAGCAUACUUUCGUGUAUGCGAAAAUACUGGGGUCUAUACUGCCCCGUAACAAAAAAAAGAAACUAUACAAAAUACUGGUUUUAUAUUUAAAAACCGUUAAUGUAUGCGCCCCGUUGCCUUGCAAUACGCCCUUCAAUGAAAAAGACUUGUAGCGUUAUGUUUAUGUUUAUCAAUGAACUGCCCUCCUCCCUCGUCCACGCCCACGCCCACGCCCACGCCCCUGUUCCUCUUUGAAAUAAGACAUACAACCCUCCCACAUAUACAUACCCACGCCCACACCCACACCCACACCCCCUAACACACACACACCCUAGGAUAUGGAAAGCAAAUGUUACAUUUGUAUAGCUUUAUCGGUUUUUUGCUAUUUUUAGCCACUACACAAAAAAAUCGGAUUUGGACUGCUAUGUAACUGUACAUUAUAACUAUAAAAAUUGUUUUUUUUUUUAACUAUAGAUAUAUAUGUAUAAUUAAUA